ACUGGCAGUUGGGAGCCUGAUGGAGGACAAGCAGGGCCUGGAGGACAGGUACGUGACAGAAGCACAGGAAACAAAGAAAAAUGAAGAAAUGAAAACAAGAGUUCAUCACUACAAAGACACCCUGACAGCGUAAAUAUCAUGAAAAGCUAAAAACUAGAAUCAUCUGGUAAAAUAAAUAAGACUCAUCAUGUCCUUUUCGGUCCGUAACCAGAAGGGCAGCAAAAGGCCUUUGCCACUGGGGCCUCAUCUUUUGCUCCAAGUCCCACGUAGCAAUUACCUGCACUUUCAAGAGGAGAAACAACGACUACACCUAAAGAAAUUCCUUCUUCAUAGGAUGUUUCUAGUGGCCAAGAUACAAACAAAGGUAGAAAGAAAAGAUGUUGCUGACUACUAUGAACAAGUGUUUCAGUCAGUUUUGAAACAUCACCUGGGAGAAACAGUGACAGGAUUGCUGCUCAUCUAUCCUACUUCCAUUCUGCAUAUCCUCGAGUCCUCCAGCGACACUCUCUACCAAGUGCUUUUAGAUUAUACUGGCCAUGACAAAGAUGAAACAGAAUUUUUUAUUCAACAAAUGAAAAUUAUAGUCAUUUCUCAUAACAUUCCAAUGAGGCUUUUUAUGCAAUGGCAUGUUUCAGUGAUAAAAGUGCCAGUUAUGUAUCUCGGUGAUGUGACACAAUCACAGUCCCUAAAAGAGGUCAUCACAGAUUUUCUCACACAAACUCAUAAACUGUCAGUCUAUCUUUGCAAGACUAUGAAAGUAGGCACUAAAGGACCAGGUGAUAACUUACACCAAGUUGCACCUGACCUGCUCCUCCCAGAACAAAUCAUAAAGUACUUGUGCAAAUCUGAAGAAUUCAUGGACCCAGCAACAUUUAUAAACAUGUAUAAUAGACCCAUACACAUCAUUCUGGAUUCUGAGGUGGUAUGGCCUGCUCCUUCACGUUUCUAGGAUUGAGAGGGAUAAUGUGCUCAUGUCUCUUAAGGAAUUUGUGCUACUUAAAUAAAGAAGAAAACAUUCUUAAAGUUA